CUUACCUCUACCUUUAGGGGAUAGAGAGACUAUUCCGGUAGACCGUUGGAAAUGUGUCCACUUAAUUCUCUCACAGAAUUUACUCUUCCAACCUCAUCAGCAUUGAUGAGAACAAACUCAUUUCUAUUGUGUGAACCAGCAAGCCUUCCUUUGGUAUCCAUAUUGAGCCAACCCCACUCAAACUAUAUCAAAACACCUGCAGCAAUCAAGAAUAGACCACUCGCUCAUGCCUGAACUACUAUUUCACUUCGAAGAAUAUAAUUCUCAAAUAAGAAUGACUAUGAAGAGCAUUAACAUUGGACAGAGCCUUUUCAUGGUGUAUAUCAUUUUGUUGCUUGUUUCCUUCACUGGGAUGCAAACUAAUCACGCAUUGAGACUAGUAAAGGAAGGUGAUGCUAUUCAAGAAGGUCACAGUGAUGCCAUUGAAUGCUCAAAAUCCAGCAUCCAAGUACACCAAGGUCCCUCAGGGUCGACACUUAAUGGCAUUCCGAUGUACAUUGUUGAGAUCACAAACACGUGCUCAAGAAGUUGUAGUGGCAUUCACUUCUCCUGUGGUGAAUUCUCCUCAGCAAGACUUGUAAACCCUAAGAUUUUCAGGAGACUCAGAGUUAAUGACUGCCUUGUCAAUGAUGGGGCGCCCCUCAAAUCUGGACUAACACUUAGUUUUCAAUAUGCCACUACAUUUGAAUAUCCUCUUGCUGUUACUUCGGCUACCUGUUAGAUAUAUGGUGUAGUAGAAUCUAUUUAGCCUGCGUAUUAAGAGCGC